GCAAGGCAGGCCGGGAGUGGGAGUUGGGGAGGAAGGACGUGUUGGGGGCGGCGCGGCCGGUCCUUCCCCUCCUGUCCCGUCCCCUCCUGUCCCGUCCCCUCCUGUCCCGUCCCGUCCUCCCCGCCGCCACCGCCGGAGGGGAGCGGGCUGCUGGGCCCCCGCCGUCGCCGCCACGGAGCCGGGCGCGGAGCCGGGCCCCGGGGUGGCCCCCAACGCCGGACACAGGGCCGUCGCCGUCGCCGCCAGCCGCUGCGCCUCCCCGGGUGCUGGGAACCUCACCAUGAAUCCCGUGUACAGCCCAGUCCAGCCCGGAACCCCCUAUGGAACCGCCAAGAGCGUGACUUACACGGGCUACCCUGCUGGCUAUCCCGCCGCUGCCCCCGCCUACAACCCCAGCGUGUACCCCGCCGGCAGCCCAGGCUACGCGCCAGCCACGCUGCUGAUGAAACAGGCCUGGCCUCCGACCUCGUCAUCCUCCUGUGCCCCCGAAGGCCCCUUCCACCUCCCAGUGGACACCGCGACAGAGAACAGAACGUACCAGGCUUCGUCCACCGCUUUCCGGUACACAGCUGGGACACCCUAUAAGGUGCCCCCAACGCAGAGCAGCAGCACCGCGCCCCCCUACUCUCCAUCUCCAAGCCCGUACCAGGCGGCCAUGUACCCCAUCCGAAGUGCCUACCCACAGCAGAACCUGUACACGCAGGGAGCGUAUUACACGCAGCCCGUGUACGCCGCGCAGCCCCACGUCAUCCACCACACCACCGUGGUGCAGCCCAACAGCGUCCCGUCACCCCUCUACCCAGCCCCCGUUGCGGCCGCCAGGACGAACGGCGUGACCAUGGGCAUGGUGGCCGGGACCACCAUGGCGAUGUCGGCAGGGACGCUGCUGACCACUCCCCAGCACACGGCCAUCGGCACUCACCCUGUCUCCAUGCCUACGUACCGGACUCAGGGGACCCCGGCCUACAGCUACGUCCCCCCGCAUUGGUAGAUGCAGUGGCCAGUCCACGGCCGGAGUCAACGUCGUAUGCAACUCCUCGAGUCUCACACCGGUGCCGAGCAGCCGUUCCGUGGCACCUCGUCUGUUUGCGAGAACAAAAAGUGCAAGGGUCACUUUAUGCAUUUAGUGUUUUUGUAAAAGCCGCUUUUUCUAAUCUUACGCCUCCCCUCCCCGACUGACCCCCGUCCCCAUCGCCCCCCACCUCCGAAGUCGUGUAACUUCCACCUCCCCUUGAGCGCCCGGCCGACCCCGCCUCCCACGGCCCGGCCCCGGCGCGGGAGUCCCCGCCGUCUUCGGCGUCGUGCCGUCGGAGCCUCGAUCUUCCCACGUCAGCCGGGGGGGGCCCAGGCGGAGGCAGGGUCUGGAACGGUCCCCUCCCCUCCACUUAAGGAAAGGCCAUCUCCUCACGGACAGCGUCAAAUGAAACUCGUCUUCCAAAUAGCCGUGGUGACGCCUUUGAUAGCGCGACGGAGGUGCCCGUGAGCGGGAACGAGGAACUGCGGCAGCGUAAGCGUGUGGGCGAGGGCACGGGGAGCGCCAGCGUCGGUCAGGGUGACGGGGACGUCCCCUGGGGGAGGAGAGGGAGCUGGGCCGUCGGCAAGAGGGGCCUCGGCCGGGACGGGGCCCGGCCCUAGGCCGGGGGACCGUACGGGGCCCGGGGCCUCGCCUCACCCACGUUGGGGAGAAGCCGAGGGAGCCGUUGGUCCCAGGUUGCACAUCCCCCUUCUCCCCUAGUGCCCGGGUAGCCUUCGGCACCAUCUCCGGGGCAACGCUUGGGUCGCGGUACGGCACGCACCUGCCCCGUCACCUGCACCCCCACACUUCCUCCGGCCCCCGCCUCCGCGCCGCCCCCACCCCGGUCUUGCCUGCCGGGAGCAGCGCUGCUCUGGGAAGUGCGGGACCGAGUCGGAGCAAAAUAGCAAUAACCAGUCACCUCCCAGCCCUCCCCGAGGCUGCAGGGGGCAGCUGCCGGGGCACGCGGCAACGCGGGGGUGCACCAGCAGGCACGGCCGGAGA